AAGUUCGAAGAAAAAGUUUGUAACUAAACUUGGCCUAGGUUGUUUUUUUUGGAUGGCGUAGGUUGUUUUUUUUUUUUUUAUGGAGGGAGUACGUCACAUUAAAGUGCCCAACAGCUGCUCAAAUGUCCCCGUCGUCUAUUCUGAACAGAACUUGUGGAAUGGGUGGAUGGGCAUAAAGACAAUGAUUUUGACCAAACGCAGAGGGGAAAAUAUCGGACUUUGGAAGCUGGAAAUGAUCCCCAACUCUGACCGCUCGGAGAGCCCGCUCAUCCUAACCUGAUCUGAUGCCUUCAGCUUCUAGCAGUACGUAUGCCUUGCAAAUCUGUAACAUAUACGCACUUGAUUUGUCUUGAGAGUAAUAUCUAUGGAGGGCGCCAUGGUCAGCCUCCCCGGGAGGCUGGAGGAGCUAGUGCGUCGUCACGGCAGCAAGCUGCCCAAGGGUGCAGAGGAGGAGAUAUCGCUCAUCAAGCAAGACCUCGAGAAAAUAAUAUCCGUUCUCCAUGGUCACAGCGAGCCAAAACUGGAGGGGCAGGCCAUGGUGGUGAGGUGCUGGAUGAAGGAGGUGCGCGAGCUCUCCUACGACAUCGAGGACUGCAUCGACCACUACGAGCACGCCUCAGCUUGGUCCAGUAUUCAUCGUAGUAAGAUCACUCGGCGGCGAUGGAGUUGGACGAGGGGCAAAAGGACCCCUCGGCUCCCUGAGAGGCUGAAGCAGCGGCUAUGGAUGGCGAACAAGAUCAGAGAAUUCAGCACUCGCUCGCAGGAGGCGCUUCAACGCCACGCCAUGUACAACAACCUCAGUGGCAUCGCCAGUACUGCUGCUUCUUCUCCAUGUGAUGCAUCUUCUAGCUCAUCUUGGCAUCCUGGACAGGAUGGGAAGGAGAAUGGUAAGGUCGGUAUCGACUCCUCUGUGCCCAUGCUCAAAGGUUGGCUGACUGAUGGAGAGAAGCUCAAGGUGGUGUCCAUUGUGGGAGUCGGAGGAGUCGGCAAGACGACGCUUGCCAACGAGCUGUACCGCAAGCUUCAAUGGCAGUUCGAGUGCCGGGCAUUUGUGCGCACAUCGCAGAAGACUGAUAUGAGGAGGAUUCUCAUCAGCAUGCUCUCGCAGGUUCGCCCGCAGCAGCCACCUGAUAAUUGGAAGGUGAAUGUAAGGUGUACAUACACGCCUGGUCGCUCUGCCCGGGGGCGACGCGGGCGGCGGAACAAGCCGCGCCACCCCGUCCCUCUCCUCCCCUCAACCACCUCGCCGCCGCCUGAGCCGCCUGAGCUGAGGCGUGCUCGUAGUGGUCGAUGCAGUCCUCGAUGUCGUAGGAGAGCUCGCGCACCUCCUUCAUCCAGCACCUCACCACCAUGGCCUGAGCCGGCUUUGCCGGCUGCUGCAAGGACGGCGGCGGCGGGGCGCUCUCUCCCUCACUCGUGGUCUUCACGGUUGGAGCGCCAGCAAGAUGGAGCGGAGGGCAUCGCGCCAGCAUCGUGGGAGGCCGCCGCCGGCGUCCAGAUCCGGCGCCGGGAGGCACGGAUCCGGGCGCCCCAUGGCCGGAUCUGCUGCUCUGGGCGGCAAGUUGGGUCUCCGGGCGGCGUCGUCGGUGUGGCUGGCGGCGGGGCCGAGCACGAGACGCCCGGUGGGCGGCGUCGUCGGCGUGGUUGGCGGCGGGCCGGAGGAGGCGUCGGCGUGGACGAGGUUUUGGCGGCGGCAUGCAGGCUGCUGGCGACCCCAGCCGGCGGAGGCAGAGGUAGAGGACGCCGGUGCCGUGGGGGUUUGGGAGACGAGGUGGCUAGAUCCACCUCCCCUGCCCAGACUCAGCGUCACAGCGGCGCUUGUUGCAGCGGUGGUGAGGCGGCAGGGUGCGGCUACGUGGAGGAAAGGGCGACUCCCGUGUGGCGACGGCGGCGGUGUCUGUGGCGUCUGGCGGUGGCUGUGGCUGUGGCGGCGGCCGCCGCGGCUGCUGUGGCCGCGAUGACAACGACAGCAGCGGCUGCUGUGGCACGGUGGAAGGAGGCACGGUGGUGGUGCGUUUCGGUAGCAGCGGCUGCGGUCGCGGUGAUCGUGGUCACCGGAGACAUGACGGCCUCGACGGCUAGCCGAGGGCGUGGCAGACGGCUGCAUCUGGCUGGCGCGGCAUCGUUUGGAGGAGGGGUCGGAGACUAGGGCUGUCAACGAGACGAGCUCGAGCGAGCUCGUCUGCCCAAGCUCGAGCUCGACACAAGCUCGAGCCAAGCCUAUUGCACCUUCGAGCUUUUAGGCAAGUUCGGCUCGAGCUCGAGCUCGGUGCCGAGCUCGGCCAUAAGUAGUAUAAUAUAUAUUUUAAUAAUAAUCUCUUGAUAAGUAUAAUUAUUUUCUAGUAAUCACACUAAUAAAAGAGUAGAAAAUGAUUAAAAUAAAUAUAUUGUGCUAACACAUGCUAAUUUAUUGUGUAAAUAGAUACAAUUAUAUAUUUAUCUAUUAGUUUAUUAUAUUAAUAAGGUGAACAUGCAAUAUAAACUAUACACAGCCAAGCUCGGUCAGGCUCGGUAGAAGCUCGAGCUCGGCUCGGUAAAGCUCGAGCUCGGCUCGGUAAAGCUCACGAGCUUUUGCUCAGGCUUGAGUUCGGCUCGUUUGGAGCUCGAGCCGAGCUCGAAUCGAGCCUAGGAUGAGCCAAGCUCGAGCUGCUCGCGAGCCUCGAGCUUU